UCCCCCCUCUCGCCGAGCUGAACCCCCCCUCCCCCGCUCGUUGCCGCCGCCAUGGACCCGAGCAACUGGAGCAGCUUCAUCUUCCAGCAGAGUCAUACACAGAACCCUCUGCAGGUUGGGACCGAAAUCCAGUCCAGAUUUUUUGCUGCUCAGGGCUGCAGUCAAAGCCCCUUCCAGACUGCCACCACAACAGCCCCUCCCCAGCAGACAGCCACCCCUGCUGAAUCCCUCCAAGUGGAUCUCCUUCCAGUCUUGGCUGCAGCCCAGGAAACAGCCGCUGCUGCUGCUGUGGUUGCUGCCGCUACUGGCUCCGCACCAUCUGCUUCCACAGUAGACACGGCCGCUUUGAAGCAGCAGCAACCUUCUGCUUCUGAGGGUGGCGGUGGGCAGGUAGCACCAUCCUCUCAAACUACACAAGCCCCAACCUCCCAGGCGGCUUCUGCUACGCAGCAGCAAGGUGAUGCCCAGAAGAAGCCCAAGAGCAAAGGUCCCUACAUCUGCUCCCUGUGUGCUAAAGAAUUCAAAAAUGGCUACAACCUGCGGCGCCAUGAAGCCAUUCAUACGGGGGCCAAAGCUUCUCGCGCUGGACCCACGACCAUGAAGAUGCCCACCAUGGUCCCCCUCAGCUUGCUUAGUGUUUCCGCCAUCGGUGGCACAACAGCAGCAACACCUGCCCCUGCCGAAGGUGCAGGAAACACAGCAGGGUCAGGAGCAGGGCUGGUGACCACUACAGCAUCAGGCAAACGCAUCCGGAAGAACCAUGCUUGUGAGAUGUGUGGGAAAGCCUUCCAGGAUGUCUACCAUCUCAAUCGGCAUAAGUUGUCUCAUUCAGACGAGAAGCCCUACCAGUGUCCUGUCUCCAUAUUAGAAUUGUUGUCAACACAGUCCAGAGAUUUUAUGAGAUACAAGGAGUGCGCAAAUUUAUUACAUCUGGAUAAGAACUCUUCGAAGGCAAUUAUUGAAGAAUUUACUUGA